AUGUUGUGUGCAAUCUCCGGAGAGGCACCUCAAGUGCCUGUCGUCUCUCCCAAGAGCGGCAGUGUUUUUGAGAAGCGCCUUAUUGAAGCUUACAUUGAAGAGAACGGCAAAGAUCCUGUCAACGGCGAAGAGCUCACCGCCGACGAACUGAUCGAUAUCAAGGCCCAGCGCAUCGUAAAAGCCCGGCCUCCUACCCUCACAUCCAUUCCCUCUCUGUUGAGUGUUUUCCAGCAAGAGUGGGAUGCGCUCGCCCUAGAGGCAUACAACCUCCAACAGAACCUGACACAAACCCGCCGCGAGCUCAGUACAGCUCUCUACCAACAUGAUGCGGCCAUCCGAGUCAUCGCGCGACUUACCAAGGAGCGGGACGAGGCUCGCUUAAUAGCUUCAAAUUUCUCUGCUGCUUCUCAAGCAGGUAGCGGUGAUGCUAUGCAGGUCGACUCUGCCGGUCUACCGCAGGCGGUUGUGGAGCGAAUUAACAACACACAGGCUGCUCUCUCCAAGGGCCGUCGCAAGCGCCCUAUUCCUGAAGGCUGGGCCACCAGUGACGCUAUUGCCGCAUACAAGCCCGUCGAAACCUCCGAAGCUCUUUAUCCCGGCAGUCGAGCCUUCUCAGUCAACUCCACCGGAGAGUUGGCUCUCAUUGGUGGUGUGGAUGGCGUUGUCGGUGUCUAUUCCAUCCCUCAGAAGUCUGUUACCCAGACUCUCCAGGUUGGUAGCCCUGUGACUGAUGCAAAGUGGGCCGGCAACAAGGCUGUUGUUUCGUCAUCUUCGGGAGCAGUCAAGGUUUUUGAAGAUGGAAGCGAAGUUGCAAGCUUUUCCUCUCACUCUGGCGAGGCUACAGCCCUUGCAGUCCAUGCGACUGGUGAUAUUGUUGCCUCAGUUGGUGUUGACAAGAGCUAUGUUCUCUACGAUCUUUCCACCAACUCUGUGCUCACCCAGAUCUUCACUGAUGCUGCUCUAUUGUCCUUGAACUUCCACCCUGAUGGCCACCUCAUAGCUGCUGGUGGCUCCGAUGGCCAAAUUAAGAUCUUUUCCACCGAGUCCGGGGAAUCAGCAGCAACCUUUGCUAUGUCAGCCCCAGUCAAAUCUCUAUUCUUCUCUGAAAAUGGCACUCUGUUGGCUGCCGUGGCCGCCGAAUCCACCAGUGUCUCAAUCUGGGAUCUUCGUACUUCCAAGGAAUCCAAGGUGCUGGACACCGGCAGCCUUGUCACCUCAAUCUUCUGGGACUACACUGGCCAGUUCCUGUUGACUGGUGGAUCUGGUGGAAUUACUGUGCAGCAGUACAGCAAGUCAUCUAAGAGUUGGUCAGAGUCUUUGCGCAGUUCUGUUACUGCUGUGGCUGUGGCAUUCGGCUCUUCUGCUCAGAGCAUUGUGGCUUUGAAUGAUGAGGGUGCAGUUACAGUGCUUGCGGGAGAUUCAUGA